AAAUAAAAAUAGGGGAGAGGUAGAGAAGAGAAGGUUGUGUUGUGUCAAUGGAAGAAGCGAAUAAUGAGAAAGAAUCUCCCUACAUUUCUUCUAUCUUACCUGGAUGGUUCUCUGAGAUUAGCCCACUUUGGCCUGGGGAAGCACACUCAUUGAAGGUUGAAAAGAUAUUAUUUCAGGGGAAGUCAGAUUACCAAAAUGUCAUGGUUUUUCAGUCAUCAACUUAUGGGAAAGUGCUUAUUUUGGAUGGUGUGAUACAACUCACAGAGCGGGAUGAAUGUGCUUACCAAGAAAUGAUCACUCAUCUCCCACUUUGCUCAAUUCCAAACCCUAGAAAGGUGUUGGUUAUUGGAGGAGGUGAUGGUGGUGUCUUGCGUGAGGUGUCUCGGCAUUCUUCUGUUGAACAGAUGGACAUAUGUGAGAUUGACAAGAUGGUAAUUGAUGUCUCUAAACAAUUUUUCCCUAAUGUUGCCAUAGGAUAUGAGGAUCCCCGAGUUAAACUCCAUGUUGGUGAUGGAGUUGCAUUUUUGAAAAAUGUUCCAGAAGGAACUUAUGAUGCAGUUAUAGUGGAUUCCUCUGAUCCCAUAGGUCCAGCACAAGAGUUGUUCGAAAAGCCUUUCUUUGAAUCAGUAGCAAGGGCUCUGCGUCCUGGAGGGGUCAUCUGUACUCAGGCUGAGAGCAUAUGGCUUCACAUGCACAUAAUUGAAGAUAUCGUGGCAAACUGCCGCCAGAUCUUCAAAGGCUCAGUCAACUAUGCCUGGACCACAGUUCCUACUUAUCCAAGUGGUGUUAUUGGUUUCAUGGUCUGCUCUACCGAGGGACCUGCGGUUGAUUUCAAGAAUCCAAUUAACCCAAUUGAUGCUGACGAUAGCCACACCAAAACUAGAGGACCCUUGAAGUUCUACAACUCUGAGAUUCACUCUGCAUCGUUCUGUUUGCCGUCUUUUGCGAAGAGGGUGAUUGAAUCCAAAGGAAAAUGAGUCCCUAGUGGAGCAGGAUUUAGCCGUUUUAGAACACUUCAUUCCCACUCUAUACAAGAUUGGAACAUCUAGCAUUGGAACUUUUAUGUUUAAUUUGAUAUUGUGACUAGGCAGUUGGGUCCAGAGAUGUAUGGUUCACGGUGGCUUAUAAAUGCCUUGCUGAUUUUGUUCUAGUUGUAAUAAUCAUGUUGAGCUCAGUGAUUGAAGUUUUUCUACGGAGUAAUU